AUGAGUGGGGCGAAGCGCUAUCCUGCGAUCAUGUCGCCUUUUGCAUCUGUCCUUGCGCAUCCGAGUCUAGCUGUCCAUGUCCGACAUAUUGAUGUACGAUCCGUUCCCACAGUGAAGAAUUUGCCGCACCCAAACUUUAUGAAUGACUGCUCCCGCACGAUUGCUACGUGCAAAAACCUUUCGUCUUUCACGUGUACCCCAAACGUGCUGUCGUCUUUUCUCCUAGCUUUGCAAGGCAAGGACAAUCUGCAGAACCUACGCGUGAACGCCAGCCUCACUACCGAACAAUCUGAGCAGCUUGUCAAGGUCACGGGGCUGCGUAAUCUCACUCUUGACGGCAGCACUUGGAAUGUAGUCGACGUGCUACCCGUGUGGUCAAGUUUGCUAGGAUCGACUUUGACCUCAUUGACGUUCUACGCCAUGAACGAGUUGAAUGACUGCGUUCUUGAAACGGUGCUCGGUAACCUACCUAAUCUUACCGGCCUGCACGUUGUGGGCUGCGCUAAGAUCGAUCAUACCUCCAUAUUCCGAUCGACAGCCCAUACUCCUCUCUUGGAGAGUUUGUCUUUCACGAGCUGGGAAUCGCCUCGUGCACUUCCUCUGACCAUUGGGCCACUGACCAAACUUCGUCAUCUCACCGUCGACACCCACUGCGCGCUCGCACCUUCCACCACCCCCACGCUGUGGAAUUCCGUGAUCACCCUGACGCGCACGUGGUCCUGUCCGCUGACGUCCAUUACGCUCAAGCUCUCGGACAAGCUCGUCGUCGGCGACAGCUUCAUCAAAGAUCUGCUCAAUGCGCAUGAAGCUACACUCACCCAUGUUGCUUUCUUGAACUGCCAGCUUAGCCUUGAUGCCGUACGCAUGAUCUGCGCGCGGUGCUCAGAGAUGGAGCGUUUCGCUGUUGGCAUUCCUGCGAAGGAGAUUUGGUCGUUCUCAGACUGUCUCUCACGAUCUAAGAGUCUGCAUACUCUAAGCGACCUCGGCGAUCAUCAUUCCUCACACGGUCAGCGGUUGUUCCUCACCCGCGUUAAUGUCCAAACCAUUAUGGAGCGGGUACCAAAUCUCGAGCGAGUCGUCACGAACGGUCGAGUGUGGACAGCUGAAAAACGCUCACGUUGGCUGCACGAUGGUCUUCGGAUUUCUCUUGAGAGGAAAAAAUCCCCAUCUCCGAGUCAUUGGUUCAUGCCUCCUUAG